GCCAACCAGGACUUUAUGAGAAAUUCCAGUUUGCAGUCCAGGGUGGAAUCAUUCUUCCCAUAUAAAGCCAAGAGACCACCAAUAUUAAAUGCCAGCUAUGGACCUUUUUCUGUUGAACAAGUUGUGCCCCAGGACCUAAUGUUAACUUCCAACUUUUUUGGAUCUGCCAACAAGUUUCCUUAUAACUGGAAACUUAAGGCUUACAUAAUGAGCAACAAAAUUUACCUGAGCAAGCCCAAAGUCCAGGUCUUGUUCUACAUUGUGGGCAGGGACUGGGAUGACUAUAGCACCACGGAACGGCUGCCCUGCCUGCGGGUGUUUGCCUUCCGAGAGACGCGGGAAGUCAGAGGCAGCUGCAGGCUGAAAGGGGAUCUGGGGUUGUGUGUGGCACAGCUGGAGCUCCUGCCAAGCUGGUUUAACCCCCCCACGGUUGUCACGGGCCGUAAGAAGCCACCGGAUCAGUUUGAAGGGAGCCCUGUGGAGCUUUACUAUACUAUCCAACCAGGAGAUGAGAAGGGAGAGUGUACUGCUGAGGAUAUAAGGAAGGGAAAUGCCAUCCGACCAGGAAAAGAUGGCAUGGAUGAAACCAUGUCCCACUUACAGAGGAUUGGAUCUGUCAGCCUCUAUCGAGGCCAGGAGACUUCUCAGCUAACGGAGCUACGGCUGGAUAGUAAUAUUGUUGUCUGGUUGCCCUCAAAGCCUGUCAAACAAGGAGAGGUUGUGAAUGUUUAUGUGACAAUUGCCAACAAUUCUACGGUGGAUCAGUUCAUACUCAGGGCAAAGGUGAAGAAAGGUGUAAACAUUCUCAGUGCAAGGACAAGUGACCCCCGGCAGUGGGACGUGAAACAAGAGGUGGGGAAUGGUGGAAAGCAUUCGACCACAACAGUUAUUUGUCAGAGGAUAGCAUCAAGUUCAAGGAACAGAAGUAACAGUUUAUUCAAUGAGGUCGUGCAGAUGAACUUUGAAAUAGCCAGUUUCAGCAGCCUUUCUGGAACACAGCCCAUCACCUGGCAGGUGGAAUACCCUCGGAAGGGGACAACAGACAUAACCUUGUCUGAAAUCUUCAUCUGCCAAAAGGAUCUUGUUGGAAUUGUUCCAUUGGCAAUGGACACGGAAAUUCUGAACACCGCAAUUCUCACAGGAAAAACAGUGGCAGUGCCCAUCAAAGUGGUCUCCAUUGAAGAGAACAGUGCUGUGACAGACAUCUCUGAAUCAGUUGAGUGCAAAUCCUCUGACGAAGACGUCAUUAAAGUUUCUGACAGAUGUGACUAUGUUUUUGUCAAUGGCAAAGAAAUGAAAGGCAAGGUGAAUGCGCUUGUGAACUUCACGUAUCAGUAUCUGAGUGCUCCUCUGCAAAUCACAGUCUGGGUUCCACGCCUGCCUCUUCAGAUCGACAUUUCGGACACAGAACUGAGCCAAAUAAAAGGCUGGCGAGUCCCAGUUGUUUCCAACAAAAGACCUACCAGAGACAGUGAUGAUGAGGAUGAAGAUGAGCGGAAAGGAAGAGGAUGCACUUUGCAGUACCAGCAUGCCAUGGUGCGAGUCCUCACACAAUUUGUAGCUGAGGAUUCUAGCCCUUGGGGCCAGCUGAGCUACCUGCUGGGCUCAGAUUGGCAGUUUGACAUUACAGACCUGGUGAUGGAUUUUAUGAAACUGGAGGAUCCUCACAUUGCCAAGCUGCAGGAAGGCAGGAUUUUGAUCGGACGGGAAGUAGGAAUGACAACGAUGCAGGUUUUGUCUCCUCUGUCUGACUCCAUCCUGGCAGAAAAGACAGUGACUGUGCUAGAUGACAAAGUGACCAUAACAGACCUUGGAGUCCAGCUGGUGGCUGGGCUUUCGCUCUUUCUUCAGCCAAGCGCAGCAAGUAGUCGGGCUAUUGUGGCUACAACCGUUGCCCAAGAGCUGCUUCAUACUCCUAAGCAGGAAGCUGUAGUAAGCACCUGGAUUCAGUUCAGUGACAGCUCUGUUACUCCGCUGGACAUUUAUGACUCUAAGGACUUCUCCCUUUCUGCUGUAUCGUUAGACGAAGCUGUUGUCUCGGUCCACCAGAACGCUGCCUUAAAAUGGCCAGUUGUGGCAGCAGAAGGUGAAGGGCAGGGCACGUUAAUCAAGGUGGACAUGAUGAUUUCUGAGGCCUGCCAAAAGUCCAAGAGGAAAAGUGUCCUGGCUGUGGGGAAUGGCAACAUCAAAGUCAAGUUUGGCCAGAAUGAUGCAGACUCCGAUACGGGUGGAGAUUAUGAUGCUGACGAGAUUGAAAACCACGCUAGUGACCGGCGGCAAAAAGUGUCAGAUCAGGAACGAUAUGGCCAGGAUGGACGAUACUAUGGUAGCUCUUCAGCAGAGCGAGAGGAAGGCGCCAUCAGGAAAGUCAGCACCACAGCAAAAUCUGUAAUAAAAAAUAAAGUAAUUAAAAACAAUAGGCUGGAUGGUGGCAAACUUUCAGACGAUAGCCAGCUGCAGAACAUUCCUAUAGACUUCACCAACUUCCCUGCUCAAGUAGACCUCCCAAAAGGCACUGCGGGCAUGGAGGAAAAUGACCUGGUGCAGACACCUCGGGGCCUUAGCGAUUUGGAGAUCGGGAUGUAUGCUCUGCUAGGGGUCUUCUGCCUGGCGAUUCUAGUCUUCCUAAUAAACUGUGCAACAUUUGCACUGAAGUACCGUCACAAGCAGGUUCUGGUGGAAGGACAGGCCACCAUGACCCAUUCCCAUGACUGGGUCUGGCUGGGAAAUGAAGCAGAACUGCUGGAGAACACAGCAGAUGCAUCACCUCAGCAGGAUGAGCACACAACUAUUAUCGACCGAGGCUCGGGUUGUGAGGAGAGCAACCAGCUUCUCAAUGGCAGUGCUCAGAAGAACAUUCAGAGCCAGGUUCACAGGUGUGCUGACUCAGGGGGUAAGCUUGGAAAGGAACAGAAAUCUGAACCUUUACAUUCGCCGACAUCGAAACGGAAGCGGGUAAAAUUCACGACAUUCACUACCAUCCCACCUGACGAUGGUUGUCCUACUGUCAACUCAAUCCUAAGUAGCAAUGACGAUGACAUUAAGUGGGUGUGCCAGGAUAUGGACCUGGGGGACUCCAAAGAGAUACGAAACUACAUGGAGAAGCUCAAAGACAAAGUGUAGCUCCUUGUUGGUUUUUUGGGUUUAACCACACCUUGAU